UUCGCCGUCGUACCAAUAUUUACAUUCAAAGUCAGAUUAUGCUUCUUGCGUCCUCUCUUAUACUUUUCGACAGAAAGGUUCUUGUAUCGUAUUCAGUUAUACGCGUCCAGUCACUUGAAACGGACACAAUGUCAUUAGAUAUUGCGACUAAAAAGCAUUUGUGGAAAUAUUAUGUACAACUGCCAAAUUUUGAAGCACAGUGCAAGUUUUGCGAAAAUAAAUAUAAUUAUGGAAGAUAUAAUAACUUCAAACUACAUAUAGCAAGAUGCCAUAAAAAAAUUUGGAAAUACGAAGAAGAGAGAAAGCUAAUAAAAUGGCCAUGGAUGUAUUUCAAGUAUUCAAUCGAAUUAUAUUCACAAUGUGUUAUCUGUGAUGCAAAUAUUCUGUCUACAUCUGAAUCUAUAGAAAAUCACUUGAAUUCACAUUCUGAAGAACAACGGGAGAAUCAUAUACUUCGAAACUGGCCACGGAAAUAUUGGACACAAAGAAGUGAUUUUAUGGUGGAGUGUAAUAUUUGUCACAAGAACGUACCUAUUUGUAUUUAUAAAUAUCUAAAUUCUCAUACAAAAAUGAUGCAUUCGAACAAAAUAAAAAAUACGCAAGAAACACAUGACACAGUUGAUUCAUCGAAAUGUGUUUCAUUAUUUGAAACGGACACAAUGCCUACAUUAAAUAUUACAAGUAAAGAACAUGUAUGGAAAUAUUAUAUCAAAUUGUCGGAUUUUAAAGCACAGUGCAGGUUUUGCACAAAUAAAUACUCCUAUGUAUAUAAUUCACACUUCCGCGUACAUGUUGUGAGACAUCAUAGAACAAUUUGGAAAUAUGAAAAAGAGAGAAAAUCAAGACCAUGGAUGUAUUUCAAGUAUUCAAACGAAUUAUAUUCACAGUGUGUUAUCUGUGAUGCAAAUGUUCUGUCUACAUCUAAAUCUGUAGAAAAUCACUUGAGUGUGCAUUCUGAACAACAACAGAAGAAAUAUAUACAAUAUCGAAAUUGGUCAUGGAAAUAUUUCACAAAAAGAAGUGAUUUUAUUGUGGAAUGUAAUCUUUGUCAUAAUAAUGUAAGUCUUAGUUUUAAUUUUAAUCUGGAUUCUCAUAUAAGAAGCACACAUUUGAAACAAUUGAAAAAUACGCAAGAAACACACGAGGCAGUUGGUUCGUCAGAACGCGUUUCACCACUUGAAACGGGCACAAUGUUUAUGUCACCAAAAGAUUUGUAAUCUCGAAGAAGAAAAAUACCGAUGUUUAUGCGGAUCAUCAAGAAUAUAUUUUGAAUAUCUCAAAUCAUUGGCGUGAAAUGCAUUAUUUGCGAUGAGAACGUUUUAUUUGUAUCUAAAAGUUUAGAAGAUCACUGACGCUCGCAUUCUAAGGAGCAAUUAAAAAAACAUACAUCUCUCAGAGCUGACUAUAUGAGAAUACGUAUCAAAAGUAAUGAUUUUAGAGUGUAAUAUUUGUUACAAGAACAUCUGUUGCUAUUAGAACUCAUUUAAAUAACCAUAAUAAAGAUGAAUAUCAUUUGACAAGCCAACUAAGCUGAAUAAAAAAAUAGCCAAGUUGACAAUGGGAACGAUGAUAACGGCUUUCAGCAGUAACAUCACAACCAGCAACAAUGACAGUCUUGAUUUUGGUUUUAAUUUACCAAAAAAUAGAUACAACAAAAAGACACAAGAAAAGUGUGGUAUAUGUACAGUUUUAACGUAUAAUUAUUUGUUUUAUAAUUAUAAAGUUAUGAAUAUGAUU